CCAUACAGCUGUACACUUGUUUUCGUGUCUACCUGCCACGAAUAAUGAGGUCAGCACGCCAAUCCGCUAGGCUGUGGCGUGUACAAGUUGCCACACAACAAAGAACGGCGAGUUGAACCUUGGAAGUAGAUUGAAUAGACCAAACCGGAUAUGAAUAGAAGCAACAUAGGACCCGUACACUCAGCUUCUCUCUCGAUUUGUGGCUAGACUGGUGCUCGGAUUACCCAUGCUGUGCUGACAACGACCAUGGCAACCGACGACGUGAAGAACAACGGCGCGAUCGGAUCAGAUGGCGGCAGCGUGACGACUAGCGACUCUGAGAUUAGCGACAAAGAUGCCAACAAACUCGUGAUGGAUCUAAAAGAAGACGACGGCGAGGAGGAGGAGGAGGAGCGGGACUCCGCUGCCAGCACGACGACCACCGACACCGACGGCGGCCCGAUGGACGUCGAAGACGACGUCAACGUCGAACUGACGGCGUCGCCAAAGCCGUUCCCGGCGGCGACGAACAACAACAACGAGGAGACGCUGUUCAUGUGCGACGUGUGCAACGCGUCGUUCGCGGAGCCGGGCGGGCUCACGAAGCACGCGCAGACGCACACGCCGAUCGUCGCCGAGAGCGUGUGCAACGUGUGCAGCGCCGGCUUCGUGACGGCGCCGCUGCUCAUGCGGCACAUGCUGAAGCGGCACAGCUUCGGCGGCCUGAGCAAGUACCGCUGCCACAUCUGCGCGAAUGCGUACGUGUCGGCGUCGAGUCUGCGCAGCCACAUGCGCGUGCACACGGGCGACCGGCCGUACCGCUGCGACGUCUGCGGCGAGGUGUUCUCGCACGCGGGCGCGCUCAAGCAGCACAUGAUCGUCAUCCACACGAAUGACAAGCCGCACGGCUGCGAGAUCUGCGGCGAGGCGUUCAACAAGUUGAGCAACCUGACGCAGCACCGCAAGAUGCACUGCGAUGACGGGCCGUACUCAUGCGACAUGUGCAAGACGUUCUUCCACGAGCCGGACAGCUUCCUCGCGCACAUCUGCUUCUGCGAGGCGCUCAAGUCGCACACGUGCGCGCUGUGCAAGGUCGGCUUCUACCAGGCGUCGAGCCUCAAGUCUCACAUGACGACACACCUCGACGGCACGCCGUAUGCGUGCGAGAUAUGCAACGAGUCGUUCGCGCACUCGAGCGCGCUCAUCCAGCACGCGAAGAGCCACGUCGACCGCGGCCCGUACGGCUGCGACCUCUGCGAGGCGUCCUUCACGGAGGCGAGCAUCUUCGUGCGCCACGCGAUCCUACACCGCGGCGAGCGGCGCUACAAGUGCGGCAGCUGCCCGGCGGCGUUCAUCCAGCCGAGCACGCUCGAGGCGCACACGCCCGUCUGCACGCUGCGCAAGAAGGCGUUCGUCUGCACGACGUGCGACGCGACGUUCGUCGAGGCGGAGGCGCUGAAGAAGCACCGGCGCAACCACAGUCAGCGCUGCUUCGUCUGCGGCGAGACGUUCAGCUCGGCGCGCAGCCUCAAGCUGCACAUGAAGAUCCACACGUCGGACAAGCCGUUCAAGUGCAACGUGUGCGCGGCGUCGUUCACGUCGUCCGGCAGCCUGACGACGCACCACCGGACUCACACGGGCGAGCGGCCCUACAAGUGCGACAUGUGCGCGGGCGCGUUCAUCGACAAGAGCACGCUGACGAAGCACCGGCGCAUCCACACAGGAGAGCGGCCAUACAAGUGCGACCACUGCAGCGCCGCGUUCACGCAGUCGGGAAACCUGCUGCGCCACAUCAAGCUGCGCCACCUCGUGAAAAAGUUGUCGCCGAAGGGCGGCGGCAGCAUCCUCGCGAGUCAGCUGAUGGCGAGCGAGACGCCGACGAAAAAGGUCGUGCUCGGCCAGUCGCUCGACUGCAGCGUGUGCUACGCGACGUUCGCCUCGAAGGGCGGCCUCGCCAAUCACUUCAAGACCCACCUGUCCGGCGUCAAGCGGCACCAGUGCGAGGGCUGCGAGGAGUCGUUUAGCGACAAGAGCACGCUCAUCAAGCACCGGAGGACGCAUACGGGCGAGCGGCCGUUUAAGUGCAACCUGUGCCCCAUGUCCUUCACUCAAUCGGGCAACCUCCUCCGUCAUAUCAAAGCAAAGCACGACGGCUUGAAGAUGCCAAAGAACGGUGCUCUGCUUCCGUCCUCGCCAGAGAGCCAGACGUCGGAUGUCUAAAGGUGAUGCUUGCCGUCAAGCAAUUUCAUCGAAAAGACGCCAAAUGUUCACGUUGUGCCUGGCCAGUACUGCCUUUUAUUAGUAACAAACCUGCUCAGUCGUUGUGUCGUUGUAGUGUGCAGCGCAGUUUCUCACGAGCCAGUCUCGUGAGUCUACGUGAGAUUUUAUGUGAGAGAAAAUACCUCAAGGUCUCCGUUGCAAUUUAGCAAAACCGAAGAGUUUUGCGUUUUAGGAAUUUACAUCGAGUCUAUCAUAUCAUGAACUAUACAUCUGUAUAUAGAAAUGUACGCGUUUAAUCAUUGCUCAUUUUAAUAUGUAAGACAUUGCCACCCUGCAAACAGAUGUAUGGGAUCGGCUUUCAUGUCUGUUGUUACAACUUCAACCUAACAGUUGAUGUGACGCGUGUAAGCAUGACAACAAUGCAUAAAACAUUCCUUUCAUAGAUGGGUUGAUGUAGUGCCUAAUAUUUUUUAUAUUCAGAGAGAUGUUUUGCUAGAUUGCACAUUAUUUUUAUCUUCAACAUAUCGGCAUGGUUUCUCAAUCCAUGUGCAACAUUUGUGACCCUAGGAAUGUUACACCGUGGGGUUUCGAUUAUGCCGUUCGCAAUCAUGUCUUUGUUUAACGUUUUUUGUAUUUGGACCAAGCAGGCUUGCACUAGGGUUGCACCUAUAUAUUGCAGAUAUAUAAAUUUAUCAUGUUCUCACCUCUGAUUGGAGAUGUUGCAGUGGGUGGUAUGGGCACUCACCCACUGUGAUGCUCAAUGUGUAUUUAAAACUUUCCUCCGGCAGAGGUUAGGGUUGAAGUUCACCUAAAAGGUCCCACUUGUCAUCCUACUUGUGAUAGAUAAGGGCACAAUGCACAGUCAGAUGUGUGUCUAUGUGGCAAACCAAUGCCUUUGAGUGCGCCCUUACUACAGAUGUAGUUAUAGCAGUAGGAUACACAUAUUUUUAAAUCGUUACAUUUAUAGACUGCAUGGGUGUGUGUGUGUGGCAUGUAUGCCUACGGGACACACUAGUUUUUGUACGGCGGCAGGCUCAGGGGAUCUCCUUGUACAGCAAUAAGCUUGAGAUCUAUGUUAUGUAAGCAGUGAAGGAGCGGUUCGUAAUGGAUUUGACCUUGAUUUUAUGGCAGUUGCGGUGUGCGUCACUGGCCAUAAUUCCUGCUCCCUUAGCCAAAAAUCCACAGUGUAUCUUCCUAACAAAUUGUUGGGCCAGACCCGAAUCGGUAUAUUUUUGAUGAAAUCAACUCAGGAUAAGUAUACAUGUAUAUAAGCCUGGCCAAAAUAUUUGUUAAAGCCACGUACGCAGUCCAGUCUAUGUGAAUAAUACUGGGGCAUUUAUAGUAUGAUUAAUGAUAUAAAGAAGCCUUCAUUUUGCUGGCCGUGAUUGCUCACUGGCAUUGAUAUAUCCAUUCCCAUUUUGAUAUGGUUCUUUACAUGUAUGAGCCUUUUCCAUUCAUUUUGCCAUAACAUCAUUGUUUUAUUUUGGUAAUAUUGUAUGUAUUAGUUUUUAGUUUGUUACUUGACGAUGCUUAGGCAAAUAGGGACACGCCUAGUGGUGGAAGUGUAGUUUAGAAAGGAAGAAAAUUAUGUAAACAAAUGAGCUUCAACUAUAUAUUUACAUAAUACUUGUAGAGUCCAUUCAGGUAGAAAUCAUUAUAGGUUGCCCUAUACUUGUAGUUGUACCUGUAAAUUAUGCAUAACCAGCAGUACCUCAAGCCAGUUUAGAGUAUUGAUGCCAGCAUAAUAUAUAAUGGUGACAAACUACAGGGUGGAAUAGAAAAUUUAAUGCAUUCCACAUACAUGUUUUAUAAUCCAUUAAAUAAUUGACAUUCCUAAUAGAUUCAAUAGUGCAUUACCUAGAAUAUUGGAAACUUGUGAUAAGUUUGUACAUGAUAUGGUGUGAUUUAUGUACGAAUGAAAUAGAAGUGACUGGAAAUUUGUGCCUUACUUUUUAAAGACCUACAUACAUAACAUUUUAAGCUUUUAUAGUUUUAGUUCUGUGGACCAAGAAAGUGCCAAUGCAAGACAUUUUAGUGCACAUUGUUUUAGUAUGUGAUACACUGUCUAUUCCAGUGUUGUUUUCUUGUUUCAUGCACUGUUUUGGCGUAAUAAAAAUCCUUAUCUAAC